AUGGCUACCCCUAGUGUCCUCGCCUUUGACGUUGAGAGUCGGGCCAUUGACUUUGAGAUCUGGGUAGAUGACAUGCAGCUGUUCUUACAGUGCGAUAGGGCAGACGGCCUCUCUCUCUUUGACCUCACCUCUGGCGCUUCCCCUGCCCCUGCUGCUGAUGCUGACGCCACUGUUCGCUCCCAGUGGGCCACCCGCGACGCUGCUGCACGUCUUGCUGUGCGUCGCCACCUCCCUACCUCUGAGCGUGCGCACUUUAGUCAGUACAAGAGUGCUCAGACCUUGGGUGUUCCCCCUCCCCCCUUCUGCCCUCUGUUGUCUCUGCUGCUGCGGCCGACCUCCUUGGUCUUGAGUCCGUCGGUGCGGCGUCUGCCCCUAGCGGGAGACACCGCCCUGGCAAGGGCAAGGGGGGCAAGGGCGGUGGAGGAGCGAGCGGGGGCGGAAGAGGAGGAGGUGGCGGCGGUGGGGGGUGUGGGGGUGGCGGUGGGAGUGGAGGUGGGGGUGGAGGGGUCGGUGGCGUCUGCGUGGUAG